AUGAUAUUUGAUUCAUCAUUUUUCUAUGGAACAUUUAAAUAUGUACGCGAUACCACCGUUGAUGACAGGUCAAUUAUGUCAGUUACAUCUUGUUUUGUUCCAACUAUUGUACGAAUGUACAUUUCAAGAUUUACAGUGAAUGAAUUACGGAAAACUGAUCGUCUACUGGUUGCAUCAUUAUACACACGCAAAGUACUCAUACUCACUGAAAUAAAAACUGUCAUCAUAUCGAUGACUUCAAUUAUCUCUUUUCUGUUGUAAAUUUCUCUACAAGUAAAUAUGUCAUUCUUUCAGUAUUCUGGAAAAGAUAUACUUUGAGAGCAUUACAUUGAACAGAGAAUUAUUUCAUGUUUUUUGAGUACGUUUUCCAAUACUCAUUCCAUAUUACUUCUGAUCUGCUUCAUAAAUAAAUCAAAUAAAA